AUGCGUUCCAUUUCUGGGCUUGUGGCUCUUGCCUUUGCGAGCUCGUUUGAACUUGUUGCCGCCGGCAAUUGCAGGCCCUCGUCGCCAGCCGGAGCAAAAACUACGGAGCCCGCUUCGAUUACCAGCGGAACAUCAACGAAAUCAGCGCCUCCGUCCGAAACGACCGACGGACCGGUAGUCAUCACUAAUGCUGUGACGAAUGGCGACUUUGGAGGCUAUGAUCCUUCAUCCGAUGGCGGUAUCUAUGCCUUUCAAGCAGGCGGGGAUGCGAAGCUCCUUCAAGGACCUGGUUAUCAGGGAGACCACACCGAGGAGAGGAAUUGUGUGCAGCUCAAGACCAAUUCAGGGACUCCUGGCCAAAAGCGAGACUUCAUAUCCGAUAACCCCUAUAUUCAACAGCAGCUCGAUAACCUGGAGCCCAGCGACUUCACCGUUCGCUUCUGGUACUCCAUCGUGAACAAUGCUAUCGCGGAUACAUGCCGCAUAGAAGGACUUUACGGAAAUGUUCAAUUUGGAGCAACUCCAUACUUUCCUGUCGUCGCUGAGGGUAACGACUGGUUGGAGUUUGUGGACUCGAUGCCCGUCACCACUACAAGUGGAAUGAUCCGCUUUGAGCUCAACUGUAUCGAUGGAGGCUCUGCUGAAGUCUACUUCGAUCAAGUCUUUGUGUCCAACAAGAUCGGCGAAGAGUGGGUAGAUGGCAUUUCGUUGUUCUUUCCUACUUCGAAGCAUGCUGCUACCAUUGCUCCGGCUCAAACAAGCACUGCUCCUGCUGUGGGCACAGCUACGACUAGCAGCGAUGUCACCGACACCACCGACACCGAGUCUUCUGGCCUUCCAACAACUCAAUCCUCUCAAGUCCAAACCACUACCGAUGAGGCCUCAACAACCGACAAGACGGCCGAGUCCACCUCAGCCUCCGCCCCGACCUCUGCCCCAACUGAUCCUACCGCAUCGGGCGCUAAGCUCUGUGCCAAACUCGGAACAGGCGCAGCUGGCCGAGGUUGUGCCAAGAGGCCUUAUAGCAGCACGAAAGGCUACAAAGGAUACGGCGGAAGCAAGAUCACAAAGGAGCAAUGCGCUGCUCUUUGCCUUGCAGAUACCAACUGCCAAAGCUUCGAAUGGCGUUAUUUCGGCAGCGGAUGCGCCAACACAUGUAACCUCCUCGCCACGAGCUGGGCAGACAUCCCUACCAACGGAGGCUCUGAUUCAGCCUGGGCCUACGAUCGAAGCUGUAUUCAGGAGGACGAAUGCGCCGAGCAACCAGCUGGCUCUGUGUGCGUCAACGUCAACGCUGAUACACCCGCCAAGUCUUGUACUCAGGUCAAGGGCAAAGCCAAAGCUUGUGCCAAGCCCUUCCUAACUGCUCCUACAAACGGCGUCUGCGGUCUUAGUAACGAAUGUCGCGAUCUUUGUGCCAAGUAUCCUUCCUGCAAGUCUUAUGCAGCGACCUUUGGAAGCUGUAGCUUGUACGAUGCUAGAUCCUCUGAGGUCGCCGAGGCCGGAAGUGAGCUUUUCUGGUUUACAGAUAUGGAUUGCCAUACUUGUGGACAGGGAAACGCCUACUUCGACUACAUUUCUGUUGGCCAAGACCCUGCUAAUAUGCCUCAGUGGACAUGCGCUGCAGAGGAUAAGACAACUUCGACUCUCGCCGCGCCAACGACUACCACCAACCCAGCUGUCACAAUCACAUCUGACGCUGAAACAGCCACGAGUACAAGCCAAGCCAGCGACGAGACCGAAUCAACAGUCAUGCCAACUACAACUUCUAUAUCUCCCUCCGCAACAGCAUCUCUGUGCGCCAACGGCGUUCCAUCCCCUGGAAUUUGUUCCGCCGCAAAUGUUGUGCCUUCGACAGCAACAUGUGGCAAACGUGGCUGGCCUCGCAAUGUUGAGCCAUAUGCCCGCAGUCUCGCUGACUUUCCUAACCAAAACACAUUCGAAGACUGUGCUCUCAUUUGUAAGCUUGAUAGGUCGUGCAAGGCCUUUGCUAUCGAUCCCACCCGAUCUGGGAUGAGGUGCAUGUUCAGCUCAGACCCAACUAUCGACGGAGUCUCCAAUGCACCUGGAGUAUGGAGCAACUUGGAGUGUAUGAGCUGCACACUCUGCGGCGACGUAGUCACUUCUUCUCAGCCUGUGUCUGAGGCCCCAACAACCAUGAUCACCUCGACACGGCCAGCUGGCGAGGAUUCCUCCACCCAAGCUGCAACAAGCGCAUCCGGGGAGCCAACCACGACUCAAGCAACUCCAGAGCCCACAGAUUGUGCAGUACCCUCAGCCUUUCUUAGUGACGACGUCACCUGCGGUAUUCCCGGUCAAAGCGGCCAACAAGCUCAAAGCGCUCGUCUCUUAAACUAUGUCAUCAAACCAGUGGGUAGUCUGGCCAACUGCGCUGCUGUCUGCCUCCAACGGGCAGAUUGCCAGGGCUUUGCGUACAUCAAGAGCAACACUGAGUGCUACCCCUUUAGAGUUGGACCUGCUAGCUUGGGAAUCACGUAUAAUCCACAAGGCACAGAGAAAUACUAUGAUAGGGGGUGCUUCUCAUGUGCUUCAUGA